AUGUCUCCAGUCGUAAUAACUGCAGAACAGCUGAGGGAGGAACAGCUGUCUGUGCUAACCACAGACCUGUCUGUGCUAACCACAGACCUGUCUGUGCUAACCACAGACCUGUCUGUGCUAACCACAGACCUGUCUGUGCUAACCACAGACCUGUCUGUGCUAACCACAGACCUGUCUGUGCUAACCACAGACCUGUCCGUGCUAACCACAGACCUGUCCGUGCUAACCACAGACCUGUCCGUGCUAACCACAGACCUGUCUGUGCUAACCACAGACCUGUCUGUGCUAACCACAGACCUACCUCUGUCUGUGCUAACCACAGACCUGUCUGUGCUAACCACAGACCUGUCUGUGCUAACCACUGACCUGUCUGUGCUAACCACAGACCUGUCUGUGCUAACCACAGACCUGUCUGUGCUAACCACAGACCUGUCUGUGCUAACCACUGACCUGUCUGUGCUAACCACAGACCUGUCUGUGCUAACCACAGACCUGUCUGUGCUAACCACUGACCUGUCUGUGCUAACCACAGACCUGUCUGUGCUAACCACAGACCUGUCCGUGCUAACCACAGACCUGUCUGUGCUAACCACUGACCUGUCUGUGCUAACCACAGACCUGUCUGUGCUAACCACAGACCUGUGA